AGUUUCAAAAUGCAGACUCUUUGUAUUCUUUUUCCUUUUCCUUUGACCCCUUUGCCUUCAACUUGGCCUACCACUGGAAAGCACAAGAGCAUCUCCAAAUUUGAAUUUGGCCCUUGGAUUGAAACAGGUUCCCCAUCCCUAGUUCACAAUAUGAGUUCUGUGUUUUUUCAAAUUUUUGUUUUUGUUUUCCCAGAAGUAAGAUGACUGCACUUGGUUUUUAGACAUACCACAGCUGGGAAAAUGAAAACAAACAGAUUUGACAUGGGAAGGCAUUCUUGCAUGGCCCCCAGAAUUUCUUUAACUAAUAUGGAAAGAGCAUGAUUUCUCAGACCAUGUUAUGAGGUCCGAAAGUACCCUUUAUCCUCUUGUAACUUCUGCUUGUGGGAUGGCUGUGCUGUUGCUGUCCUGGUCUAUUUCCGGGAUGAAGACAUGACUAGUAAUCAUUGUUUCUUUUGCCCACAUACUUUUAGACUGCUGGCUCCUGAAUACCGGUCCAAUCCUGUCUGCAAUCAGUGUCGCGGAUGAAACUGAUUGCAAAGGCUUGCGUGUUAUGACGACCCCCAACAAAGGAAACAAAGCCUUGAAGGUGAAGCGGGAGCCAGGGGAGAAUGGGACCAGCUUGACGGAUGAAGAACUGGUGACCAUGUCUGUGCGGGAGCUGAACCAGCAUCUGCGGGGCUUGUCGAAGGAGGAGAUAAUCCAGCUCAAGCAACGCCGGCGGACCCUGAAGAACAGGGGCUAUGCUGCCAGCUGCCGUGUCAAGAGGGUGACACAGAAGGAGGAGCUGGAGAAGCAGAAGGCAGAACUUCAGCAGGAGGUGGAGAAGCUGGCCUCGGAGAAUGCCAGCAUGAAAAUGGAACUCGAUGCCCUGCGCUCCAAGUACGAGGCGCUGCAGAACUUCGCCCGGACCGUGGCCCGGAGCCCUGUCACCCCUGCCCGGGGCCCACUUGCUUCCAGCAUGGGGCCUCUUGUGCCCGGCAAGGUUGCCACCACCAGCGUCAUCACGAUAGUGAAAUCCAAAACGGACGCCCGGUCUUAGUGAAACGAGCACUGCCUGGGCUUGUGUGUGCAGGGCAGUUAGGCACAAAGCUCAUCCGGAAUCCCCAAAGCACAACCCCUUCCCAGGUGGCCUAGCCCACACAGGCACAUGCUGGCCUGCUUGUCACUGCAGUCCCUUUGUUUUUAGCUUUGUUCUGGUUGGUGUGACUGAUGGUAAUGCAAUCCUUCUAUGUGAGCAGAACCUUCCAUCCAGGGGUAUUCUGGAAACAGAGGCGGAAGGACCUCAGUACUCUAGCCAAAGAGAUUCUCAGCAGCAUGGAGUAAAUUUUGGGGAGGAAUAACCCAAAGGGGAGGGCUGAGGUCCUAGAAAGUUGGAAGACCUGCUGUCAGUGAUGACUUUAUACCAUUCUUCCAAGGUUGUGUGUCAGCUGUCCAGUCUGCUGCUUGUAAAUUGCUUGGUAUCAGUGACGAUAAUGGGGGUAGUUUGUGUAACCAUUUUUAUAUUGACAUCUAGUUGCGCCUUGUAUGUUUAAAGGUGGGAUUCCUUGGGACUUUUCCUGACGGGGGGAGGGAAGGGGAGAAUGGCGGUUUCCUGGUGCCUGUGCUGCAGAGAAGGGAAAGGAACCAGGGAUGGGCACUGUGGUAGCCUGGCUGCCAGGAGGAAGGCAGGUUGUGCCAUGGUGAGUGACUACAGGCCGGUUUUGUGCCUGACGUGUUGCACUGAACAAGACCAAAAUCACUAGUUGUUUCCUGUGUUUGGAGAGUAUCAAGUGUCUCUAGUGUGAUGGUUUACACAACCAGUUUAUGUGGUUUAAAUAGCCCUUUAUUUAAGAGAGAAACAUUCAUUUUAAAGAACUAUUAAAAGAUCUACGUUUCAAAACUAAAUCGGAUGUAGAACUUGUAUUUCACAGUCUCCUUUUUAACCCGAGAGGUUGGGAAUAUUUGAUUGUCCUAUUCUUGGAGACUUUGCUAGCUUAAAACAAAUGCAAAUUUUAAAAGUUUCUCGCUAAGUCUUUGUGGCUCUGAGGUUGGUUUUUAUAAAGAGUUAUCAGACUUUUAUUUAUAAAUAAUGUAGGAAAAAAACAAACAAAAAAAGGCUAGUCCUGUUUGAUAUCUUUUUGCAAUUGUACCAAAAGUGACUUACUCUUGAACUCCUCACCGACUGCUUUUGUGCUCCUGCUGUGUUUCGUUGUCUGUGCUCUGAGGUCUCGUGUGGCGCUGUGACGUGCUGGUGCCAUUGGCCACCUUUGCUGUGUGGAUGUCCUGUGAGCAUUCGUUUUGCUUCCCCUGGGCUGAGUGCAGGGCUUUCUGGGGCAUUUCCCAGCGGACCGUUUAAAGGUUGUGUCUUGCGAGAAAGGUUACCCGUAUCCGAAGGCAGUGCUUCUUGGCCACUGAAGCCGGAAGUGAAGCAACUGCUCUGGGGUGCCACUAAAACUUAACGACAGCUAGUAGACAGUGUUCCAUUCUCCCAUGUCACUUGCAUCACAGCUCCCAAAGUCAGCUGUCUUAGUCUUGUCGAUCCUAAAGACUAAAUCUAACAAAAGUGGGGUGGAGAGGGCACUCUCAUUAUAUGGGAAGGUGAAACAAAGUGUGGGGUGGGUGCCAUGUCCCAUAGAACAAGUGUUUCAUAGAGUUGGGUUACUGGUAGCUUCUGUUAGGUUCUCCCUUCUGGCAGGAUUGUCUAGCUACCAAUGCUACUGUCUUUUUAAAAAAUCCCUGGGUGCUUGCUUUCUGUUCUCAGACAUAUGGAGAAGUAGUUAAGCAGCUGAGCUGGAAACUCCAUAAGGGCUAAUAAGUGUGUGUGUGGGUGGGGGGGUCGCUCUGAACCAGGCAAGUCCAACCUCACUGUUUAGCUUCUAGAUGCUUAAAAUAUUUCAUUGGAAGCCUUUGUCCCUGUGUUCUUUGAAGGAGCUAUGACUCCUUUUGGGGGACAGUCAGCAGUGGAUUGAAAAGGGAAGGGAAGCAUUCUCCUGCCUUGAGUACUGCAAUCCAGAAGUACUUGGCCCAUACAGAAUAGGUGGUGGGUGGUCUCAUUAUCAAGAGGGAACAUGUUGUGAUCUCAGCUGAUUUGUUGGAAUAUUUGUUAGAAUAUUAUUGCAGGAGGGCUUUUUAAACCUGAGGCUUUGCCUAGCAAAAGGUGCCCUUCAGAGAGAGCCCAAUUAGUGGUGGCUGGGGAGCCUGGGGGUGCUGGUCCAGAACAUACUGAGAAUUCUUGAUUUAACCAGCGUGUGACAAAUAGUACAAUGAGCAGCUUGUGGAUUGGCAGACAUUAGACACUGUCAGAAUCUUGCAGAAACUGGUGGCUUUUUAAGAAAACUUUAGCUUACCUUACAACAGAUUCUGAGUCUCAGUGUUAAGAGGACAAAGAAACUUGGGGAGCAAUACUAUGCAUAUUCAUAGGGAAAAAGUCCUCCAACUCUCAGCACACCCCAACCAGCAUAAGAUCGCACCCUUAGUUUACUGCCUGAAAUGAGCUAGAGGCCAAAUUCCCAGCCAGCAAAUAUCCAGGGAAAAAUCCAAUGAUUUUUAACCAAAAAUGCCUCUUCCACUUCCAUUUGGUGAAAAUCAAUUCUUCCAAAUCAUCUUCCUAAUGCCUACCCUGUAAGAGCUCCACUGCUUGGAAUAUAUCACAGGCAUAGAGGAAAGAAAGCUUUAAAUGUGGAUUGGCUGUCAUGUCCUCUUCUUGAUGUCUGCUGAAACGCUUCCCCCUGCACGCGCAAGGAACGCUGUUCUGCCGCAGACCUGGAGUGGAAGGGCAGUGCUUCUCGCCACCAGCAGUAGUUCCUGUAAGUAUCCUGGCCAGCCUUUUGAGGCCAGACGGGGAUACUUUUCUGCUGCUCUUUGCCCACAAGAACUGCAGUUGUGCAAAGAGCAGCUCAGGGAUGUAUGAGAACAAAGAAGGACAGAUUGCAAGCAGGGAGAAAAAUAAAAGGGAGCUCUGGUGUGGACACCUCUCCACUCUUACGUGCAGGUUGCAUUCAAGAAAUCCCAUCUACCGCACCUGCUACUCCCUACUGCAAAUUUAAAAGGAAUUGACAAAGGACAAGCAGUGGCAGUUAUUGGCAAGCCCUUCCUCAAGGCCAGCAGGCUUCUGAUGCUGAAAAAGGCUGAACUGUAUGGCGUGUGUUAGGAGUGUUGUGGCCGUACUGGAGCCUGCCUGAUAAGGCUGCAAGGGUUUAUGCCUGUCACUCCUGGAUCAAAAGGCUUAGGAACCAAUGGAUGUCUAUGUGGGAUUGCUGGAGCCAGAGCUUUCCUACUUUCUGCUGUUUCAUUUCCCUCUACCUCUUUAUGCAUCUUUCCCCCCAUCCUUAAGCUGUGCAUAUUUUCUUCCCUUCAUUGCCUUCCACUUUCUAGUCCUUGCCAAAGAAAUCCAGAUUCUGUGAAAACCAAACAAUUAUAAUCUGUGAAAGCAAUAUUUACGCACACUUGUCAAGCUCACAAACCACAAUAGCAGGUAACCAGUUUCCUAGUCCCCAGAUUUACAAGCAAGAGGUGGGGGCUGAAAUGACAUUUUAGAUCUCCUAGUCAGAGCUUCCUUUCGAGAGCUGCAUAAAGGGCACUUGUGUGGCCUGCAUUUCUGAGCUCAUCCCUGAGCAUACUCUUCAAUCUGCUGACUGCUGUUUCUCUUCAGCCUGCCUCUCCAUUUGCAUUGGUGUGCUUCUCUGUACUGUAUUCUCUUACAGCCCCGUGGAAAGCCAGGAGAGAACAUCAGUGGUAGUUCCAUGCUUUGAUCUUCAGAUAUAGCUUGUAUGGUUACCUGUUUGGGCGGGGCUGCCUUUCUAGGGUAGGAGUUUCUUUUCAGCGAAACUAACAUUUCAGCCAUCUUGGUUCAAUCCUUUGACUGCAGUGCUGUUACGGUCAGACAUUCUAGUCCUUUCUUCAUGAGCAGUUCCCACUCUGUGGAAUCGGCUGGGCUUCCGUUGCUGCUUCCUCUUAUUCAGUUGCUUACUUUUCAUGUACAUCUGGAAUAACUUGAGGCAUCUUUAAUGAAAAAUUUCCUUGUAAUACUUCCAGAGGGGGAGUCAUGGAGGCCCGUUGUAACGAAAACAAGGGGUGUUGUGGCAUCAUAUAGACCGACAUACUUACUCUGGCAUAUAUACAUUUGGGGACUGGAAUCCCUUUCAAUGGGUGCACCAAGUGUUUGGCCCACCUGAAGCAGCCAUGUGUAGAUACACUGGUCAACUUGGGGGGGUAACACAUCAUGAAUCCAGUGAAAUGGGCCCUAGCCUACAAAAAGUAUAUCCUGUAUUCGGUGUAUCAGCCUUUAAGGUGCCACAGGACACCUGUCUUUCCUCUAGAGUUGCACCUCUUGCCCUUCUUAAGGCCUGAGAAGUGAAAAGCUGUCUGCAUCUAAGUUGGCUGGUGGAAGUAGCAGGUGCUUAGCCUUGUAUACGGUGGGUGUGUUUUGAGCAUCUUUUAGCACUGAAUGUGUGAAAUUGAAAUAAUGAAUCUUCCAGCAGCCGGGGAGAUCCUUCACACUGCCCAUCUUCCCUCACCUAUUUUCAGUCUGUCUGCUUCUAGUGUUCAUGAGUUCUUCCUAUCCCUGAUGCCCCUCUCGAGCCCUUCCCCUUGAUUUCUCUUUCUGGUAUAUAGCAUUCGGAGUGUGAUGGUUCUUGUUUUCAAGGUGCUUGUUUGUUUGGUUUUCCUGCUGUGAAGGGUGUUGUGUUUUCAUUUUGCUUUUUUUUUUUUCCUUUUGGGGCAUUUUGUUUGAUGCAACAGGUGGAGAGCACUGCUUUUUACUUGGCUGCAGAACAAAUCCGUGAAGUAUAAUUCCGCCCACGUGUGGCUGGCUUGUGGCGGGGGGUGGUGGGGGACUUGUUUAUGUUGUGGUGACUUGUGUAAAAGUGAUCUCUUGGAUUAUGAAAGAAUUUCUCUCCAGAAAAAGAGUGAGAGAGACUGCAGGCUCACAGCUGGGGUAUUUGACUCUUGGGCAUGGGUAGAGACCGCUCAGACUUGCACUUGGGGGUGUGAUUUUGGAUCAAAUAGCUGAGUGUGUGUAUGGAGACGGGCACACACAUGUGUGUACACACUCUCACUCUGCACGUUCUGAUAUGCAUAUAAGAUAUUGCAUCUCCGGUAUUCCUUUAACUCAUCCAAAACACACUUGUCACACUCCAGAAAAGUGGCAGGAUGGCAUCUCUGUGUACAUCACUGAGAAACAGACUUGACAUUCCUGUAUGCUGAAGAAGGUUUACCCAGACUUAGCUGGGUAGCUCCAGUGGUAUCUGCACUUCUCUCCCAAUGGAAGACUGAAGCACUUACUAACAAGCCCCCUCUUCUCGCACCUUCCUGAUGUCUCUAGCUGUAUUUCAUCAGUAACAACAAUUGGAAAUGCACAGGAAAGCUCCUUUCCUGCUUUGUAACAUUGCUGCUCCUGCUGAUAACACAGUGGGGAGUGGUGGCUGCUAAAACAGAGUAUUGCUCCUCCCUAUGCAGAAAGACCAGAAGAGGAUCUCAUGGCAGCCUGGUGGGAAGCUUCAGGCUGAUCCUUCCAAGUGGUGAGGCUUUAUCAUCUCCUGUCCCACUCCCACUAUUUGAUCUACACAAGAGCCCCAGAUUUUGUGGCUGUCUGUCACCUGGAUGAAUCAGAGGCAUUGUGUACGUGAGUGAGUAGUCUCCUCAUUCCUGGUUAAAGUAUGUUAUUACCUGGCUAGGUCAAUAAGGAUGGGAUCCCCAGAUGGCUCCCAGCCAACUUGACUUGCCCUUGCCCACAUCUGCAGCUUCCUCUGAAUUUAUUGCACCCUUUGCCAAACCGGAAUAUUACAGAGAAACUAGAAAUUAUGGUGUUUGGAGCACUUAAUGAGAUGGACUGAUGACUGCUCUUUCCCACCCUCCAAAUGUUCAAGAUAGUCUUUACAUGAUAUGGGUUGAGAUAAAUUCACUGCUGCUUUAAAAUGUUUCUUAAAAGGGGAGGGAGGAGUAUUUUGAUAAAAAGAAUCUCAAUCUCCAAAGCUAAUAAAACUGGAGAUUAAUUCUAUGUGCCAGGGGUGUAAUACAUAUUGUCAAGUCCUAGGGCUUGUCUGUACAACAGUAGGCCCAAUUAAUUAAUCAGUAUUUAUUGCUAAAUUAUUGUCCUUUUUCAAUCUGUAAAUAUCUGAUAACUGUUGGGGAUUUGUUGCCACAGCCCCAGUGAAGGUGUUGUUAAUUUAUUUAUGUAUAUAGUGUAUGUUUGUUGAUAUGAAGCAUUCUUUAUUUUGUAUAUGACCAAUAAACAUCUUUAAAGAGG